AUGAAAUCCUUCACCAGCGUAUCGCGGUCGCUCCUGGAAAGCAAGCUCGCCGUCGGGCUGUUCGCCGGCGUCUUCCUGGCGCUGGAGAUAUUCCUCUCAGCGUCGCCGCAGUUCGCCGUCCAAGGUCCCAGUGGCGAAGAAAAUCCACCGCGCACUGCUCUCCCUCCAUUGAAGCCAAUCUGCGAUCUUUCCGACGAGCGCUACGACGGCUGCGAAAUGUGGGGUGACGCACGCACGGCGAACGGCACGGACAGGUCGCGGGUCUACUUCAUCCCGCCGCCGUCGCAGCUCGCCACAGCCGAGGCCGCCUCCUGGAGCAUCCGCUCGCAGUCCCGCAAGAUCAUCGGCGUCCGUGAAGUCGUCGUCAGGUCCCUCAACAUGUCGAACCUCCACGAGGCGCCGCACUGCACCGUCCGGCGGAGCGUGCCAGCGGUGGUCUUCGCCCUCGGCGGCCUGACGUCCAACUUCUGGCACGCCUUCAGCGACGUGCUGGUCCCGCUCUUCACGACGGCGCGGGCGUUCGGCGGCAAGAUCGAGCUCGUCGCCACCGACGCGCCGGCCUGGUUCGUCACCAAGUACCGCCGCGUCCUCCGGGCGCUGUCGCAGUACGAGGUGGUGAUGCUCGACGCCGACGCGGAGGUGCGCUGCUACCCGCACCUCAUCGUCGGCCUGCGCGGCCACCGCGACUUCGACAUCGACCCGGCGCGCGCCCCGGGCAACUACGACAUGUUCACCUUCCGAGCGUUCGUCCGGGAGGCCUACUCCCUGCCGCGACCGACUGCCGCGCUCCCAGUCAAAUCCGGCGGCGCGAAGCCCCGGCUCAUGAUCAUUCUCCGCCGCAAGACGCGGCGGUUCGUGAACGCCGACGCCAUCGUCGGCGCGAUCGAGCGCGCGGGGUUCGACGUGGUGCAGAUGGAGCCGACGAACACGGCGGACAUGGACGCGGUCUCGCGGGAGGUGAACGCGUGCGACGUGCUCGUGGGAGCGCACGGCGCCGGGCUGACGAACAUGGUGUUCAUGCGCACGGGCGCCGUGGCGGUGCAGGUGAUCCCGUGGGGGAAGAUGGAGCCCCACAGCGAGGGGUUCUUCGGCGCACCGGCGGCGCACAUGGGCAUCUGGCACGUCCGGUACAGCAUCGCCGCUGAGGAGAGCACGCUCUACGACAAGUACGGCAAGGACCACCCGGUGAUCACCGAUCCCGAUGUUUUCUACAAGAAUGGGAGCAAUGCGAGGUAUUACUGGUGGGAGCGGAACAUCCGUCUCAACACCACCAGAUUCAUGCCGACGCUUGAGAGGGUCAAGCGGCUGCUGCAAGAGUGA